UACUUGAUACUGUUAAUCCUUUGUUUAUUUUUCUGGGAAACUCGUUUAUACCACAAAUUCAAAUCAUAUACAUAUUUUAUAAGAACUUCGAUUAUAAUUACAUCCCGGUUAUAACCAAAAAAUAGAGAGCCUGCUAUAACUUGAGUUUUAUUAAUGAGAGUUUUAGCACGUCUUUGAGGGGUGUAUACAAAAUAAUAGUGUUAUCUAUCAAUUAAUUAUUCUCAAUUUUAGACAUUGUGGUCAGUUUGCGUGACAGUAAUAAUUGGAACAAUAAUGAUGAUAUUGGCUCUAGUUAUGACUGUUGCUGGAUACUUCGAUAGCGAUUAUUUUGUCUCAGAAACUUCUCAAAAUGGAAAUACCUCAAAGGAUAAAGAAAAGCCUGUUGGGUGGCUUCGUUUCAUAUUGAAGAGUAUGCAAUAUGUUGGCCCUAUUUUAAUGGGUCUUGGAAUGUUUCUGCUAAUUGUUGCUUGUGUAAUUACUCUAGAAUCUCGAGAUCGGCACGCCCAGAUUGGUAUAUUACAAGAAGAAAAUAAUGCAGAAUUGCGCCGUUCAAGACAAUCAACAAUUAAAAGAAUACGAGCAAGUGAAAGGAGUAGAGCCAAUACUUUUGCCGCUGGGGAUAAUUUAAGGCAAUUACAAAAGGAAACAAAAAUUCAAGAAAAUGGAAUUUCUAUGGGAGAGAGAAGGUGUUUUUUUGUUAUUUAA